AUGCCUUCAACUCCCCUAUUCACUGACUUCAAGUGCUUGAAGGACAAGCUUGCCUCUAAGCGCUCAGGAUCUCGAUCACGCAGCUCUUCAAAGUCGCAGGAGCUGGAGAUUGGCCUACCAGUAUUGGUCAGCACAACAGCUGAUGACCUUGACCUCAUUCCUCUAGGUUCUUUCGGACCUGCGCCCACACUCGGACCUGCGCCUACGAGUGCACCAAGAGAGACUACCUCAGCUCCAGCCACAUCGACACGCCCACCCCCCAUGUCUAGAAACGGAUUUUGCCCACUCGGAUCACAUCCAGUUGUUCCUGCUCACGACGCCGUAUUCGCUCGGUCUGAGCCACCAGCCGAAAGGAGACCAUCGCACAGUCGGGGUGUAUCUCACAUCCCAUCCACAGUCAUCAAGAGUGAAUUCAAGCUGGACCGUGGCCGUACACGCGCCAAUUCCGCGGACACACGCAGGACGCAGCACUAUCUCUUCUCCAAUGACCCUUGGCUUUCCACACCAAAGCUCCAGCAGACCUUUGGAAUAGAUUCUGAGGACGCCGUCGAGAAUGUCCAGUCGGCCCCAACAUUACGGAGACCGUCAUCUCUUGCACCGCCAUCCACAGAUGAGCGACCCACUUCAAGUCAUGGAAGCAGCCGGAGCCCAAGUCUCCGUAACUCGCCACUAGACAAAGAACUCCCAGCACUACCACGCUACUUGAAGCCCGCACCACUGUUCGCGUGUUCAUCUCCGACUGAGCCACUCAUCGAAGAAGCAUUCCCAGUCUCGGAAGACGACGACUCCGACUCUGUCCUAGGCGAUCUAAUCAGUGACUACGAAGACAAGCCCGGCAGCCACUUCUCAAUGUGGAGCAACGAGUCUUCAGCAUAUACAUCCACCUCCGAAGACGAGGGGGUCAGUUCCCCCACCUUCUCUUCCCUCACCAGCGACGCCGGCUCGCCCAUGCGCUUCUCCCUGCGCGAUUCGGAAGACGAGUUUUCCGCCGCGAAUGGCGAAACACACCUCCCAGCAGCACCCCCGCGCCUCGACGACGUCCGCGUCUCGGCAUUUGGAUCCGAUCUCUUCGGUCUGGACAUUCAACACGCGGACUCGGCGCCGCGGCGUCAGGCUGCGUGCUUCGGUCUGGGGUUUCAGUAUAGCCUGCCAGACGACGACACGGGCUCCAAGACGACCAUCACCGCUGCGCCGGAGAUUCGACCUGAGUCGAGUGUGCAGCGCGGUAGCGAGGUCAAUCGAUUGAUGGAUGAUUUUAGCUAUCUUGGCGAUGCGGUUGUUUGA